CCUCUCAGUCUUCUUCUCCUCCUCUUUCUCUGCACUUUCCUUUACCUUCCUCCUCCCUCCUUCCUCUUUCCUUUCAUCAUCGCCUUCAUUUUUUCUUAUCUUCCUCUCACUUCACUUCCUCAAGCUCUUAAGCUCGCGAUUUCCCUCCCUUCGAAUGAUAACUUAGGGUUCCCACUUGGUCUCUGCUCUCUUCAAUCAUGGCCUUAGCUACUGUGGAAGUAGGAAUUGAAAGGGAUUUAGAGAAAGGAUUGAUGAAUCCGCAACAGAUUCAAAACCCUCUCAUGGAGCCUUCACCAACUCCAUCUCCAUCCUCAACAGCAGCAGCUCCAGCAUUGGUUUUGUCCAAUUCAGGCAAGCGGAUGGAUCAGGCUGGGAAGAAGAAAUAUGUGAAGCAGGUGACAGGGCGUCACAACGAUACUGAUCUCCACCUGGCUGCACAGCGAGGUGAUCUGGCUGCAGUGAAGCAGAUUUUGGAUGAUAUUGAUUUGCAAAUGGUGGGCACUUUGAGUGGUGAAGAUUUAAAUACAGAGGUUGCAGAGAUUCGAGCCUCUGUGGUGAAUGAGGUGAAUGAGUUGGGGGAGACAGCACUGUUUACAGGUGCUGAAAAAGGACAUCUUGAUGUUGUGAAAGAGCUGCUGAAAUAUUCAAAUAAGGAGAGCGUUUCGAAGAAGAAUAGGUCUGGGUUUGAUCCCUUGCAUAUUGCAGCGACUCGAGGGCACCAAGCUAUUGUCCAAGUGUUACUAGAUCAUGAUCCCACACUAAGCCGAACAUUUGGCCCAUCAAAUACAACCCCUCUUAUAUCUGCAGCUACCAGAGGACAUACAGCAGUUGUGAAUGAGCUCUUGUCAAAGGACGGUAGCUUGUUAGAGAUUUCUAGGUCCAACGGGAAAAAUGCAUUGCAUCUGGCUGCCAGACAGGGGCACGUAGAAGUUGUACAAGCUUUGCUUAGCAAAGAUCCACAAUUGGCACGGAGGACUGACAAGAAAGGGCAAACAGCAUUGCACAUGGCUGUAAAAGGACAGAGCUGUGAAGUGGUGAAAUUGCUUCUUGGGGCAGAUGCUGCCAUUGUAAUGCUUCCUGACAAGUUUGGCAACACAGCAUUACAUGUUGCCACCCGGAAAAAGCGAGCAGAGAUUGUAAAUGAAUUGUUAAUGCUACCCGACACCAACGUUAAUGCCCUGACCAGAGACCAUAAAACAGCCCUUGACAUAGCUGAAGAUCUUCCUCUAUCUGAAGAAUCUUCAGAAAUAAAGGAGUGCCUCACUCGCUAUGGUGCUGUCAGGGCUAAUGAACUGAACCAACCUAGGGAUGAAUUGAGGAAAACUGUGACCCAAAUUAAGAAAGAUGUUCAUACUCAGCUUGAACAAACGAGAAGAACCAACAAAAAUGUCCAUAAUAUAUCUAAGGAACUGAGGAAACUCCACCGUGAAGGGAUCAACAACGCCACCAAUUCUGUGACCGUGGUUGCUGUACUAUUUGCAACAGUAGCCUUUGCAGCCAUAUUUACUGUGCCUGGUGGGGAUGAUAAUGAUGGGAUGGCUGUGGUAGUAGGCAGUGCUUCUUUCAAGAUCUUCUUCAUCUUUAAUGCUAUUGCACUCUUUACCUCCUUGGCUGUUGUAGUCGUUCAAAUUACAUUGGUUAGAGGCGAGACAAAAGCAGAGAAAAGGGUAGUGGAAGUGAUUAACAAGUUGAUGUGGUUGGCAUCUGUCUGCACUUCAGUGGCAUUCAUGGCCUCUGCAUACAUUGUUGUGGGCCGCCAAUAUGAGUGGGCUGCAACUUUGGUCACAGUUGUUGGGGGAGUGAUAAUGGGUGGGGUUCUAGGAACCAUGACUUACUAUGUAGUAAAGUCCAAGAGGAUUAGGUCCAUGAGGAAGAGGGAGAAGAGCGCGAGGAGGAGCGGAUCCAACUCAUGGUAUCAUUCUGAUCUCUCAAAUUCAGAACCUGAUCGAAUUUAUGCCCUUUGAUGUUUGAAUUUUGCAACUCUUAUAGAGAUCCUAGAAAUUUGGACAUAAAAAAUGCCGCUGUGCCGAACGGGUAAACAGACUAUUCUUCACUAUGAAUCCCACAAUACCCUGGAAUUAAAUAAGAUUAGUUCCUAUCGUCAUACAUUUCACUGCUGUUUCUUCUGAGUAGCAAAUUUUAGCUGUCGGAAAAUAGAGUACGCUUCUUCUUUCUAUGAAGAAGUUUGGGGUAUUGGGUGAUUGGUGAAUGAUGGAAGUUUGCUGUAAAAUUAUCUAUUGUCUGGCAUGACGGAGACAGAGAAGUGAUCAGACAGCAAGAUAUAAGGUGUAUUAAUUGGGGCUGUGAAGUUUUAAGAUCAUGUUAAAAGUUAUUUAAAAUAAUAAUAAAAAAAAAGAUCAUGUUAAAAGUUAUGAUGGUUUUGAGACUGUAAAUUGUUGACGUCUCUUUUAUCUUUACAUUGUAAGAUUUCAAGUUGUAAUUUGAAUUUGAAACGGCACUAGUCCCAGGACUAGAUCUGCAAGCA